UUGCCCUUCCGUAAUCACAGUCCCUUGCACACACCUGCGCAAGAGGCCGGGGCUCUCAGAGGCUGCGGGAUGGAGCUGGGCGCGGGAGCCAAGCUGCUACUGCUGCUGCUGUGGGCGACAUAUGGCAGACAUGCUAGGGCAGAUGGUCUGGGCGGCUACACGUCGGCCAUCAGGGUGACCAACGGGGGCCCCUGGGGCGACUGGGCCUGGCCCGAGAUGUGUCCUGAGGGAUUCUUCGCCAGAGGCUUCUCGCUCAAGGUGGAGCCCCAACAAGGCGCUCUUGGCGACGACACCGCUCUGAACGGGAUCCGGCUGCACUGCGUGGGGAAUGCGGCGCUUGACACUCACGUGGCGGAAUCGCAGUCUGGAAGGUGCGGGGCCGGGGCCGAGGAUCCUCUAGGGUGGGGGUACGCCCCUUACCCUCCGCCACACACCCCCUCCUGGCAGGUGGGGCGCGUGGAGGGAGCCCCUGUGGUGUCCCGGCGGCGGCUUCCUCGUGGCUUUCUCGCUACGCGUGGAGGUCCCCGUGACCCCCGGGGACAACACUGCUGCGAACAACGUGCGCUUCCGCUGCUCCGACGGCACGGAACUGGAGGGGCCCGGCCUGAACUGGGGAGAAUUUGGAGGCUGGAGUGAGCCCUGCCCUAAAGGCUUGUGCGGAUUGCAGACCAAGAUCGAGUCGCCCAAAGGCCUCCUUGAUGACACCGCUCUAAACGACGCGCGCUUUUUCUGCUGCCGCAGUUGAUACCAUUGCCCCCCUCUCCCUCCCAAGCCUAGUCUCACCUCUGGUAUUA